AUGGCAGAUGAAACUACUGACAUCUCUCAACAAGAACAAAUGUCUCUAUGUAUCCGUUACAUUGAUCCUGAUUUGACGUACCCUUUAAUCCGGGAAGAUUUUUUAAAGUUUGUAGUUGUUUCUGAUUUAAGUGGCCAAGGUUUAGCGACAACUAUAAUUGAAAAUUUACAAUCGGCUGGUAUUAACUUAGACUUUUUAAUUGGCCAGGGUUAUGAUGGCGCGGCUUCUAUGAGUGAUCAUUUGAAUGGUGCUCAAGCUGUAAUACGUAAAAAAUAUCCGAAGGCAUUAUUUGUUCAUUGCAGUGCGCAUUCUUUUAAUCUCGCAAUCAAUGAUGCUUAUAAGAUAACUGUUGUCAGAAAUACUAUGGGUAGUGUAUCGUCAGUUUGUAAUUUUUUUCGAGGAUCAGCUCAACGCACUGAUGUUUUAAAAAAUCAUGUGAUUAAUCAUUUUCCAAGUAGUAGACAUACAGUGCUAUUAUCGAUGUGUGAAACGAGAUGGAUAUUAAGACACGAUGCUAUUAAUCGCUUUAAAGAAAUGUACAUUCCAAUAAUUCAUGCGUUAGAAGAUCUCCAAAAAUCAAUUAAUACCGAAACUUCCAAUAAAGCUUAUCAACUCCUUUCAGUAAUAUUAAAUGGCCAAUUUUUUAUUACUUUAAGCAUAAUAGAAAAAGUAUUUGCUUAUACAUUACCACUAUGUUAUAACUUACUGACUGUGAAUUCCGAUUUAACUGCUGCAUGUGAUCAUGUUCAAAAUAUAAUUGAUGCUCUUAGUAACCUUCGUGAAAACAGUGAUUCCAAUUUUAAAUUAAUAUAUGAUAAAUAUUCUACAGUAUUUAAUGAAGAAUUCUCCACAUGGAAAUUAAAAUGGUUAAAAGAUAACAUUGAAAAAAAACCUUCAAAUGCAGUAGAGUUUUUAUUAGAAUUUGAUGAAAGAUUUUUCCCAAAUAUAAGAAAACUGUUGGAAAUAUUAGCAACUUUACCCGUGUCUACGGCAACUGCAGAAAGGACCUUUUCUACUUUACGGCGUCUCAAAACAUAUCUGCGCAACACAACUGGCGAAGAUCGGUUAACUGGGUUAGCUCUUCUUUCAAUUCAAAAAGAAAUUAACGUUGGUCCUAAUGAAGUGGUGAGAAGGUUCGCUUUAAUACCUCGAAGACAAGGAUUCGUUCUAUGA